CAAAUAGAAUAACAGUUUUCUCAGCCUCCCCUGUCCCUUUUUCAGCACUCUCUCUCCCCUCCGCCGAUGAUGUUGUUGUUGUUGUUGGCGCAUUAUCGUUAGUGCCACCUCCAAUUUCUCCAAAUUUAUCCAUUUUUCUAUUGAAUCUUCUUGUUUUUUUUUUUUGGGUUCGUCUUCGUUAUCCUUCAGGAACUUCUUCUGCCAGAAGAGCUUCAAUUAGCUGACAAAAUCCUCAUUCAUCGCAUCUCCUCCCUUUCAGAUACCCCCGUCUCUCUCUCUCUCUCUUCCUCUAGCUCUCCGCCUAGAGAGAAGAGUGUCCAUGCUGUGCUCAACUCUCUUGACAGCUUAGUAUCCAGGAUUCGUCGCCGCCAUGGCUUCUUCCAUCCUCUUUCCGGCGACGACCGUUAAGGACAGCAGGGCGGUUCUGCUCUCCCCCGGAGGCCGAUGCCCCGCCAUGAGGGCUUCCCGCCGUUGCCUUUUUGUACGCUCUUCGCUGGAUGCUAACGUGUCCGACAUGAGCGUCAAUGCGCCAAAUGGUUUGUUUCCGCCGGAGCCUGAACAUUAUCGGGGGCCAAAGUUGAAAGUGGCGAUCGUUGGAGCAGGGCUUGCGGGCAUGUCAACUGCAGUCGAGCUUUUGGAUCAAGGCCACGAGGUUGAUAUAUACGAGUCGAGAAAAUUUAUUGGUGGUAAAGUGGGUUCUUUCAUAGAUAAACGUGGAAACCACAUUGAAAUGGGUCUUCAUGUUUUCUUUGGGUGCUACAGCAAUCUCUUCCGCCUGAUGAAAAAGGUUGGUGCAGAUAAGAAUUUGCUUGUGAAAGAACAUACUCACACCUUCGUAAAUAAAGGAGGCCAAAUUGGCGAGCUAGAUUUUCGCUUUCCAAUGGGAGCUCCAUUGCACGGUAUUCGUGCAUUUUUGUCUACAAGUCAGUUGCAGACUUAUGAUAAAGCCAGAAAUGCUGUGGCGCUUGCUCUAAGUCCUGUUGUAAAGGCUCUUGUUGAUCCAGAUGGAGCACUGCAAGACAUACGGAACUUGGAUAGUAUAAGUUUCUCGGAAUGGUUUAUGUCCAAGGGCGGUACACGGAUGAGUAUCCAGAGAAUGUGGGAUCCUGUUGCAUAUGCUCUUGGCUUCAUUGACUGUGAUAACAUUAGUGCCCGUUGCAUGUUGACCAUAUUUGCAUUGUUUGCUACAAAGACUGAAGCUUCUCUGCUACGUAUGCUCAAGGGUUCUCCAGAUGUUUAUUUGAGUGGUCCCAUCAGAAAGUAUAUCAUGGACAAAGGGGGAAGGUUUCAUCUGAGGUGGGGAUGCAGGGAGGUACUCUAUGCUAAAUCUGCUAGUGGAGACACGUAUAUCACUGGACUAGCUGUGUCUAAAGCUACUGACAAAAAAGUGGUGAAAGCGGAUGCAUAUGUGGCAGCAUGUGAUGUUCCCGGUAUCAAAAGACUGCUUCCAGCACAGUGGAGGGACUGGGAGUUCUUUGAUAACAUCUAUAAGCUUGUUGGUGUGCCUGUCGUCACUGUGCAGCUUCGGUAUAACGGUUGGGUCACCGAGUUGCAGGAUCUCGAACGCUCUAGGCAACUGAGGCAAGCUGCUGGAUUAGACAACCUGCUUUACACACCGGAUGCAGAUUUCUCUUGCUUUGCUGACUUAGCACUCGCUUCACCAGAAGAUUACUAUAUUGAAGGACAAGGUUCUUUGCUCCAAUGUGUGCUUACACCAGGCGAUCCUUACAUGCCUUUGACGAAUGAUGAGAUUAUAAAACGAGUAACCAAGCAGGUGUUGACUUUGUUCCCAUCAUCACAAGGUUUAGAAGUAACCUGGUCGUCUGUAGUCAAAAUUGGACAAUCUCUAUAUCGCGAAGGGCCUGGGAAAGAUCCUUUCAGGCCUGACCAGAAGACACCUAUCAAGAACUUUUUCCUUGCAGGCUCUUACACAAAGCAGGAUUACAUAGACAGUAUGGAAGGGGCCACUCUAUCGGGCAGGCAGGCUGCUGCUUAUAUAUGCGAUGCUGGGGAGGAGUUGCUGGCUCUGCGAAAGGAACUCGGUAUCAGUGAUUUGCUAGCGGCUACAAGUACUUCAAGUGUCGCUGAUGAGCUAAGUUUUGUGUAGUUAUUCCACUGCCCUUUUACCACCCAAGAAAAUAGGAAACCUCCUCGGUUAUGCUAAGAAUCGGGAUGGUUAUUAUAGUGGAAAUGUCCAUUCUUUUUUCUUACAUACAAUUCAUGUAGAAUUGAGACUUUAGUGUAAAUUAUAGGAAGUUCAAGAAGUAUGAUUAAAAUGGGAUCGAAAAGGAUGGGGAGAAAAGAUGAGUGUGACUAGAGAUGUGUGUCGAUGAUGCAAUCUUUGGUUAGGUUGUCCGCCAUGAAGAACUUGUGUAUUCGGGCCCCUCUUGUAGUUGUCUUGCAAUUGACACAAGUGCAACCGCACUACUUUUACCGGAAGCAAAUACGGAUUUAACUGUA